CAUUCAAGAUAUUCAUCUUGGUAAUCUUCGGCAUCGUGAGGUCUCUACUCCUCGUUGUUAGCAGGCCUCUGCGCCUCGGAUUCAGCACUUCAAACUGUCGUCCACUACGGUCUGCAUUGUUGAUAUCACGCAAGAAGAGCACCAUGUCAGACGCUGGUAGCUCGUCUAUCACGGUACCCGAAGGGUUCACCCUCCACACGGAAAACACGUCGCACAUCUUGAUUUCAUCAAAGGAAGAGGCAUUUUUGAAUCCAGUUCAGGAAUUUAAUCGGGAUCUUAGCGUCGCGUGCAUCAGAGUAUGGAGUGAAGAACUAAACAGGGAGAAGGAAGCAAAGUGGAGGCAGGCUCAGGAGAGACGAGCGAAAAGGGAGGCAGAGGCAGAGGCGAAGACAGGACAACGGAAAGAGCAGAAGAAGGCAAAAACGGAAUCUGCUGAGCCGAGCAAUGGUCAGGAGGAUGAUUCACCAGGAGAUGUUCCUACUACCGGAAGUACAUCUGAAAGCAACAAACGAGACUAUCGGCCCCAUAAGUUCGUGCUGCUGGAAGCCUUGUCAGCAACUGGUCUUCGGUCCAUCCGCUAUGCAAAAGAAAUUCCUCUUGUGAGGUUCGUCAUUGCGAAUGACCUGUCUGCAUCUGCCACUGCUGCCAUGAAGAGAAAUGUAGAACUCAAUGGUCUUGGUCCUUCUCCUGAUCCAGCUGAGAGCGCAUCUACAUCGGAGCACCAGCCAAUCCCUGAUCGCGGAAAGGUGAGAAUCAACGAGGGUGAUGCAUGUGCACUCAUGUACAACCAUCGCACAGAGAAGACACGCGUCGAUGUUGUCGACCUAGACCCAUAUGGCACUGCUGCGCCUUUCAUUGACGGAGCCGUUCAGUGCAUCAAUGAUGGAGGACUCUUGUGUGUCACAUGCACAGACUUGUCAGUGCUAGCGACGACAAACUACCCUGAAAAGUGUUUCUCAAACUACGGUGGUAUUCCUGUCAAAGCGGAGUACUGCCAUGAGGCGGCACUUAGGCUCGUGUUAAACACACUGUCAACUUCUGCGGGUCGCUACGGAAGAUAUAUCGAACCCAUUCUAUCUCUUUCCAUCGAUUUUUACGUCCGCCUCUUCGCUGCCAGCAAAACGGCAAUGUAUUACAUCUGCCAGGGUUGCCAGUCAUUCUAUGAGCAGCCGUUGGGUCGGAUGGUUGAAAAAACUCACGAACGUUCAGGUAACGUAAAUAUCCUGUUCAAAACUCACGCAGGUCCUCCUGUCCCACAAAAAUGCACCGAGUGUGGCUCUGCAUUGCAUGUCGCUGGCCCGAUGUGGUCUGGUCCGUUGCACAAUAACGGCUUCAUUUCAAAAGUGCUUGAGCACUUGGAGGGCAACCAAGACAAAUAUGGCACAGCAGUCCGCAUGAAGGGAAUGCUUACAGUGGCCAACGAGGAGUUGCACGUCCCAUUCUACUUCACGCCAUCCCGGAUAGCUGGCCUCUUCCACUCGGUCUGUCCGCCUUUGGAUGAAGUGGCGUCUGCUCUGCUGAAUGCCGGUCACCACGUAUCACGUUCGCAUGCUUUACCCGGCUCUUUGAAAACUGGCGCAACACGCCAAGAUGUGCAUGACAUAUUCAGGUCCUGGGUGAAGAAACACCCCGUGAGAAUGGACAAGGUUUCCGAGACCUCACUCGCAAGGCAAUUACUCGCCAAGGAAGCGAGGGCGGAGGCUAAUUUCACGAGACACCCCCGCUCCGUAACGCAAGCAUCAAAAGUAAAGCUCGUCCGCUACCAACAAAACCCAACACCCAACUGGGGCCCCGGUACAAAAGCAGACUCCGGAACGAAGCGCAAACGCGAAACAGAAGAUGAAUAGCGAAUAAAUCUUGUAUGCACGCAUCGGUACAGCAAAUAUGCAUUGUAAAAAAGAUA